CAGAUCGACAGGACCUAUUUGUCUGACAGAGUACUGAACCAACUGAGCAUACACUUGCAAAAACGCGAUAAGCACGUGAACUUGUUGCCAAAACAAAUCAUCAGAGAACGUAUGAAACCUAUUGCUGAAGACCUAUUAGACUACUUACCAUACGAUG